AUGGCGCUCCAACCUACAGCAGCAGUCGCGCCUUUGUGGCGCGGCAGGCGGCGCAUGCUUUCUGGAUAUGCGCUCGUCAGCGUGCUAGCCUUCUCCCUCGCUCUCUCUUCGCAGCGGGCCUGGCGCGUCGAGGGUCACAUCCACGGCGCCCUGGAACACUUUGACUCGUUUUCCUUCGAUGACAUGCCCCAGCAGACGUUUUGCGAGUGGCUCGAGGCCGAAGGCGCCGGCGCCUUGUCGGCGUACCUUGGAGGCCAGACGACCUUGCGUCUCCUCGCUUCGCUCUGCGCCUCCACGGCGCAGGCCGCCGCCGGCGCGCUCGCACAGCGGGGGGGAGAAGAGAGGGAGAGAGAGGAGAGGAGGACGAAGCGACGACAGCAACCUUGUCUGGAAAGAAGGGCGUGGCGGCGCGUUGGCGCAUCAGGAGUGGACGCGCGAUUGACUGUGAGAAUGAUGACUUCGGCUCUCUCGCGGCGUCUCUCGACCGCGCCCGACGUGACCCUGCCCCCCAAACCCCCCGCUCCGGAGCACAGAGCUGCGACCGCGUCCGCAGACGAGGACGAGCGAGCUUUUGAGGGAGGUGAAACGGAGUCUGCGGCUCAGGAGCCUUCACCUGAGCCGCCCGCACGCGCCUCGACUCGUGACGCGCCAAAGCGCGGCGGCAACUCGAAGUCGAGGAGAAAACGAAGGCAGCGAAAACGCCAGACGGACGCUGCUUCGGCGGCAUCGCCUUCCGGUCCGACUAGGGGGGAGGAAGAGGUGCCCGAGGGGGGAAAAGAAGACGGCGCGCGGUAUUCCUUCCGCUCGUUCGCGUCCUCGCUGCUGUCGGCGAUUUCCAUUACGGUAGCCACCGAGUUGGGCGACCGCACGUUUUUCCUGGCUGCGUUGCUAUCCAUUAAGUACAGCAAGGCGCUGGUGUUUGUGGGGACGUGUCUCGCGCUGUUCCUCAUGACGGCGUUUUCCACGGGUCUGGGCCGCGCGCUCCACUACGCGCCCGACGUGCCUUUCCUGAAGAAGUACGUCGGUGACCUGCCGCUUGACGCGUGGCUCUCUGCGGUCCUGCUCUUCUUUUUCGCGGCGCUGCACCUGCAGAGUCUCUGGAACUCUCAGGAGCGCGCGAGCGAGUCGACGUCGCCCUCGUCGUCGCCCAGCACCUCGCGCGCGUCCGUCGGCGCCGCCCCGCUCACGCCAGACUCGGGAAGCCGCAAGCCUCAGCGAGAGCUGCUGCCGACCUCGGCGUGCGGCUACCUGCCUCCGUGGUGUGCUGCGGCAGCGGGUGCGGCGGGCGAGCGGGAGCCCUCGGGUGGAGACAGAUGGCCGCAGGUCGACUCGCGGGACUCGCUGGAGGGAGAGGAGAGCUGGCCUGUUGGUAAGACCGGCAGAGUCCGAAGCGACGAGCCGCACGAGCUCGCCGACGGAGGCAAGAGGCCAGGCGGCCAGCGGCGUCACGCCGAACACGAAGUUAUGGAUGAAAAUUUCGCCGAAGCAGAAGAAGAAGUCGAGAGAAUACAGUACACCAGACUGGGAGUCCACCCGUCGUCGCUGAAGGUAUUGUGGGAAGUGUUCCUGAUCAUUGGAGCAGCUGAAGUCGGCGACAAGUCCAUGAUCGCAACUGUCACUCUCUCCACGACGCAGAACCCCAUCGGUGUCUUCAUUGGUAGGUUGUUUUUCUACCGAAUCAUGCUGACUCCGCAGCCGGUCGCCCAGAUGCUGGAAGCCAAUAGGCAGCGAAGCUGUCUUGGCCACGCAGCCGUGACGCUGCUCGCAGUCGUGGCAGGAAUGAUGUUUCAGGGACGACUCAGCGAGCGCUGCAUGAACAUCGGCUGCGGCUUCCUUUUCCUCGGUUUUGGCUUCCUCGCUCUUGGAGAGGCACUCGCACGUUCCUGA